UUUUGUUAUAUUUAUCAUAAAAAGGAAAAUAAUGAUAAGUGGGAUUUAAUAAAAGACAAUAUAUCAAAGCGUGGACCAGAUAAAUUAUCCUCUCACUACCAAAUCUUGAAUGAACAAUUAGUAGGUAAUUUUUCAGCUGGUGUUUUAUGGAUGCAAGGUCCAGAGCCAAGAGUUCAGCCAUGCGUUGAUGAUAAAGGGAACAUACUUCUCUGGAAUGGAGAUAUUUUUUCCGGACCUUUGAAAAUUGAAACCGAAAGUGAUACAUUUGCGCUCUUGACACAUUUAAAAUCAAGUAAAAAUAUUUUACAGACAAUAAAUCUAAUUGAAGGUCCUUUUAGUUUGAUAUAUUACCAAAAAUCUACCAACUUGCUUUACUUUGGAAGAGAUUUUAUUGGACGUCAUAGUCUCUUAAUAAAAGUGGUAAAAAAUGAAUCUUUCAUGCUAACUUCAACCGCUAAUAAAAACAUAGAAAAUAUAAUUGAAUUGCCAGCAUGUGGAAUCUUUACUAUGGACUGUAAUAAUUCUAAUUUCGACUUAUCUUGCUAUCCGUGGCAUGCUUCGCAUCAGAGAUGCCAAACAAUUCUAAAUGAUUUAAAUCUUCCAGUAAAUAUCACCAUCAAGGAAUCAAUAUUAUCUUCAAAAUUAACUGACAAUGAUCUAGAACCAAUUCCUGAUGAUUUAUCUUUUUUUGAAGCUGACUUAGAUACAAAAGAUGUAAAAAAAUCAAUGAGCGAGUUGUUAAAAAAUCCUGAAAUUAAUGAACGUGCGGAAAGUCUUUGGAAGCUUUUAAAAAAAUCUAUUGAAGUAAGGAUAAAAUUAAAACCAGAGUACUGUAAAAAUUGUAUAAAAUUAAUUUUAGCUGAUGAAAUUAAUUUAAAGUGUAAUCACUCUAAAAUUGGUAUUCUUUUUUCUGGAGGUUUAGAUUCUACAAUUUUAGCGGCUAUUGCUAAUGAAUUCGUACCUGAUAAUGAAAGUAUUGACUUGAUUAACGUAGCUUUUGAAAAAAGGUUAAAUUCUAAUGGAGAAAAAAUUAAAUCUAAUUGUGGAGUUUCAAUUUUCGAUGUACCUGAUAGACUUACUGGCCGACAAGCUUUUAAAGAAUUACAAAAACUUUAUCCUAAUAGAAAUUGGAAUUUUAUAGAAACAAAUGUUUCGCGGAAAGAGUUGGAAGAUUGCUGUGAAAAUAUAAUUAGUCAUUUAAUUUAUCCGCUAAAAACAAUUUUAGAUGAAAGUUUAGGGUGUGCAGUUUGGUUUGCUAGUCGUGGUUCUGGUUUGCUGUCUAAUGAAGAAUUCUAUGAGUCUCCUUGUAGAGUUCUACUUCUUGGAAUGGGCGCAGAUGAACUUUUCGGAGGAUAUACUAGACAUCGAACUACGCUUCGUCGCCAUGGUUGGAAAGCACUCUGGCAGGAAUUGAAUAUGGAGCUUUUUAGAAUAUCUGAAAGAAACUUGGGCAGAGAUGAUCGUGUUAUCUCCAAUCAUGGCCGUCAAUCUCGUCUUCCUUAUCUAGAUGAAAAUGUGAUACAGUAUGUAAAACGUCUUAAGCCUUGGGAUCGUUGCUAUCCAACUGAAAAAAUGCCUCCUGGAUUUGGUGAUAAAUUAUUACUCCGGCUUUUGGCAUUUAAAAUUGGAUUACAGGAGACUGCGAGUUUUCCUAAACGAGCUUUUCAAUUUGGAUCAAGAAUUGCUAAUAGUAAGCAAAAUGCUAAUGAUAUUUCUAAUUGGCUGCGAUAAAUUUUAAAUAUUUAUACUAUCAACCUUGCAGUUACUAUGUAACUGCCGUGAUUUGAGAAUUAUAAAUAAAUA